GCUGGGGGAGGGUAGCGGAGCCGGCGCUGCCGCCAUGUUGGGUCUGAGGCGGCUGCUGUAAGCGCUUACGGAGCGAGCGGGCUGCAGAAGAGCGAGCGUGCGGAGUGGGGACGGCGGCGUGGGAUCUGCCUCUCUGCGAGCAGUCCCGAGCGGCGGCGGCGGCGGCGGCGCCAUGAGCGGGGGCACCCCUUACAUCGGCAGCAAGAUCAGCCUCAUCUCCAAGGCGGAGAUCCGCUACGAGGGCAUCCUCUACACCAUCGACACCGAGAACUCCACCGUAGCUCUCGCCAAAGUUCGGUCAUUUGGGACAGAAGACAGACCAACAGAUCGUCCAAUACCACCUAGAGAUGAAGUCUUUGAGUACAUUAUAUUCCGCGGGAGUGAUAUUAAAGACCUCACUGUUUGUGAGCCACCAAAACCACAAUGUUCUUUGCCUCAGGACCCAGCGAUCGUUCAGUCUUCACUAGGCUCAUCUACUUCUUCAUUCCAGUCAGUGGGCUCCUAUGGACCUUUUGGCAGGAUGUCAACGUACAGCCAGUUCAGUCCAAGUUCAUUAGUUGGGCAGCAAUUUGGCGCUGUUGGUGUUGCUGGAAGCUCCUUGACAUCCUUCGGAACAGAAACAUCAAACAGCAGUACCUUAUCCCAAAGUAGUGCCGUUGGUUCUGCCUUUACACAGGAUACAAGAUCUUUAAAAACACAGUUAGCUCAAGGUCGUUCAAGCCCUCAGUUAGACCCUUUGAGAAAAAGCCCAACCAUGGAACAAGCAGUACAGACCGCCUCGGCCCACUUACCUGCUCCAGCACCUGUUGGGAGAAGGAGCCCUGUAUCAACCAGGCCUGUGCCAUCUACCAGCCAAAAAGCAAUAGAGAAUCAGGAGCACAGGCGAGCUGAAGCACACAAAGUUUCAAGACCAGAAAAUGAGCAACUCAGAAAUGAUAGCAAGAGACAAGUAGUUCCAGGUGCUCCUUCAGCUCCAAGGAGGGGACGUGGGGGUCAUCGAGGUGGCAGAGGAAGAUUUGGUAUUCGGCGAGAUGGUCCAAUGAAAUUUGAGAAAGACUUUGACUUUGAAAGUGCGAAUGCACAGUUUAAUAAGGAGGAAAUCGAUAGAGAAUUUCAUAAUAAACUUAAAUUAAAAGAAGAUAAACUUGAGAAACAGGAGAAGCCUGUAAAUGGUGAAGAUAAAGGAGACUCCGGAGUUGAUACCCAAAACAGUGAAGGAAAUGCUGAUGAAGAAGAUCCACUUGGACCUAAUUGCUAUUAUGACAAAACUAAAUCCUUCUUUGAUAAUAUUUCUUGUGAUGAUAAUAGAGAACGGAGACCAACCUGGGCUGAAGAAAGACGGUUAAAUGCUGAAACAUUUGGAAUCCCACUUCGUCCAAAUCGUGGCCGUGGUGGGUACAGAGGCAGAGGAGGUCUUGGUUUCCGUGGUGGCAGAGGGCGUGGUGGUGGCAGAGGUGGUAUCUUUACCACCCCUCGAGGAUUUCGUGGCGGGUUUAGAGGCGGUCGCGGAGGCAGAGAAUUUGCAGAUUUUGAAUAUAGGAAAACCACAGCUUUUGGACCCUAAAAGGUCUGGAUCGAUCGUACAGCUUUCUGAAAGAAAGACAACAAAGUUGCUGCAUAGUCUACAAACACAUCUUUGAACCUAGGUGAAUUGCUAGCUCUUCAUGGUCCUGAAAUUGGUUUCAGUCUUUGCGAAGAAUGAAGAAGUGAAUUCGCUGUAUAUUUGUCACCAGCACUGGGUUUUGUUUUGUUUUGUUUUUCUGCUUAAUUUCAAAGAUAUAAUGCAGUUACUUGGGUGGGAGGGGGCGGGGGCUCAUCUUAAAAAAGGAACAUUAAAUAUAUUUGGAAUAGCGGAAGGUUAAGUAAUUUCUUAUGUAUAGUUAAACUAAAGCAGUACUUCAGUGGGACUUAUAAGUAUUUUUUCAUCACUGAGAGGAUUUUUCUUAUCACUAAAUUGUAUUUGGCAAUUAUUGCAAGUUGCCUGCAGAUGGGGCCGUGAUACUGUGUUUUGAGCCACAGAAGGUUGUGUGUGUAUGUGUAUGUGUGUGUGUAUGUCUUUCUUUCAUUUUGGAAAUCCUGUAAUAUCCCUUUUGAGGUAGCUUAUUUCGUCAGUUAAUUAGGGUGCUGGAUGGUAGAGAAUUUUCAGUCAACUAUGUACACACAGUAAAUACUGUUUCUUAGGCAAAGGUAACUUUUUUAUAUAGUUGUAAAAUUCCAUUAUAUUCCAUUGCCAAAGAAACAUUAAGAACUUUGUAUAGCUGUAUAAAAAGCAACUAAUUUUUUAAAGAAUAAACAUUUUAAAUUCCGCAAACAUACUGUGUCCUUGCAGAAGUUGAUAUGCUAAGGAAAAGAGUUAUUGGUGGGUGUUUUUUCCUUAGCUUUCCAGGCUUACGAUUUCUUUUGACUCUCUCUCUCUCUUUUUUUUUUAAUGUUUGGAACAUAAAUGGAGAUUGAUAAAUUCUUCAUUAUCUAAAAAGGAUAAUUAUUCAUGCUCAUUAUAAGAACUUCAGUUUAUAGUAAAUUGCAUAUCACAGGAUUUGCCCAAAUAAUAGAUAUUUUCGGUAUAUGAAUGUACAUAAUCAUAGAUAAGAAGGUACUUAGUUGUAUUUUCAAAUAAGUAACCCCUCCCUCCCUCACUUUUUUUUUUAGAAAAUACAAUUAGACAUCAAUUAACCUGUUCUUCCUGAUAUGCCUGGAAUUAAACAUUUUGUCAUGAUGCCUUGACUCAUUCCAUUCAAUUUCAAGAAGAUUCAGAGUGUUAGAAAUUAUUUUGGUAACCUGUAAAAGAUCAGAACACUGGUUCUUAGGCCUGUGACCCACAGAUGACUCAGUAUAGAAUUCAUUGCUUAUUAUAUAAAUUGCUGGAAAAUCUUUUUUGGUAUUUUAAUCUAAAAUGGAAAAAAAUCUGGCCACUUUUGUGUUUUUAUGAGGGCCAUGGGAUAAAGGGAUCCAAAGAUUUAAAUAUUUUUAUCUAUUUUGAUUUAUGUUAACUUUCUCCUUAAAAUAUUCAGUAGUAAUAAAGAUGUUGAAAACUACACUGUAGGAGAAUUGGAAUAUUUAAAGAUGGUUGAUACUUUUAAUUUUAUAUCUUUUGUAUAGCUCUACAAGGACAUGUUUUAUAAUUUGGUUUCGUUAUUAAGGUCCAGUAUUUGGCAGCCAUAGUGUAGAUGAUAUUGUUUAAUACUAUUUGCUUGCAUGUUAAAAUCUUUUGGAGGACCCACUAAUCAUGAUACUGAACACAUUUCUGAGGUAUUUCUGAAGAUGAAACAAGUGCUAUGGCAAUACUUGUAUAGAUUGUUUGAAAUGUCCCAGGCCAAAAUCAAGAAGAAAAACUGUAACUACUGGUUCUACCUGCUCUGAAAAUUUGAAUUCGCACAUAUUCCCAGCCCUCUGGGUAACUUACUGGGGCAUUUGGUGCCCUGGUAAUAACUGGCAGCAUGGCAUACCUGCAGUGCACCUUACAAUCUUAAAGCAAGGUUUUUAUUCUAAGGCAGAAUAAAACUGUUCAAUAAAAAAUGUUUGUCAAAGUUCUUUCUCUUUUAAACAGUAACAUGCUCAUACAACAGGAAGACACAUAGUGAAAGUCAUCUUUAAAAUGUGAGAAUUGAAUUAUGGUCAUAUUUAUAUUUCCUAAAAUAAUUAAAGCAAUUUUGAACUUUG